UCCCAGUUCCGCAGAUUGGCCAAGCUGACAAGCGCUGCCAAGACCAGGCCGCACAAACUGCUGGGAGACGUGCCACUGCCUGCACUUUCGUUGUUGCAACCAUCCCUGUCAUCUCUUGUCCACGUUAACUGUCGUCGUCUUCUCUGCUGCCGUUCUGCAGCCUCAGCAGCAUUGACAACAACAGCUAAGUGACCGAUUCUGACUGGGACUUGGGUUUGGGAGUCAGGGAAGGCGCCAGGCGCGGACAGAACCCGGGAGCCCGCCAUCUCUCUCUAGCCAUCACUACUGCAAUCACCCCUCCCUGAAGGAGGAGAAAGCUCUAGUGAGAGGCACUCUCUGUCUCCGUUCCCAGUCGGCCAGCUCGAUUCUGACAAAAUCUGAAGAAGGGAGGACGGAUCAUAGUCUCUCAGAUCGAGAAAACUAUCUCCCAUUGGGCAGUGCCGCCUAUUUGUCAGCGUGUUAAGCCAAGAGCUGCUUUGCUUCGACCACCUAAGCCUUGAGCCAUGUCUCCUCCGACUGUGCCUCCUACUGGGGUAGAUGGUGUGUCCGCGUACCUGAUGAAGAAGAGACACACUCACAAGAAGCAGCGGCGUAAGCCCACUUUCCUCACUCAUAGGAACAUCGUGGGCUGCCGCAUUCAACACGGCUGGAAAGAAGGCAAUGAGCCAGUGGAGCAAUGGAAGGGGACUGUGCUCGAGCAGGUUUCCGUGAAGCCCACUCUGUAUAUAAUUAAAUAUGAUGGCAAAGACAGUGUGUACGGACUAGAACUGCACAGAGACAAGAGAGUUUUGGCGUUAGAAGUACUUCCUGAGAGAGUUCCUUCUCCUCGCAUUGAUACUCGCCUGGCAGAUUCCCUGGUUGGAAAAGCAGUGGGACAUGUGUUCGAAGGUGAGCAUGGUAAGAAAGAUGAGUGGAAGGGCAUGGUGUUGGCGCGAGCCCCCAUAAUGGACACCUGGUUUUACAUCACCUACGAGAAGGAUCCGGUCCUCUAUAUGUACACCUUGCUGGAUGACUACAAAGAUGGUGACCUGCGUAUCAUUCCAGAUUCCAACUACUAUUUCCCUACAGCAGAGCAGGAGCCUGGCGAGGUGCUCGACAGUCUUGUGGGCAAGCAAGUGGAACACGCCAAAGACGAUGGAUCCAAAAGAACUGGCAUUUUUAUCCAUCAGGUGGUGGCCAAACCAUCUGUCUACUUCAUAAAGUUUGAUGAUGAUAUUCACAUUUAUGUCUAUGGCUUGGUGAAAACCCCGUAAGUUAUCAUGCUCUUUGAAAAACUUAUGGAGCUAAUAGAGGUAAAAUAUUUUAUGUUCUCAAAAUUAUGUUUUUAGAACAAUUUUGAGGUCAAAAGUUCAGGACAGUGGGUAAAUCUUAUUGUGCCUCCAGUUGACCCACGUGUACGUUAGUACGUUUGUUGUUUGUUUUGUAAAUUGAAAAUGUACAUUGGUUGCUAAGAAAAAAGCUAAAAAGUGUUUAGAUCCACUGAGACAAUUCAAAAGUAGGUAAGCUGUGCAACAUGCCUUCUGCUCCCUCUUUUUAUUCUUCCAGAUAAUUAGUUUGAAAACUUGGCAUUUAUCUUAGGAUGUUUUCCCCACUCUCAAAUGCAAAGUUCAGUGUAGCGUCUUAACAAUUGACCAGCUGGUGAUGCACUUUCUGAUCAACUUUCACUCUCACACUUCUCAAACCGUGUACAGAGUACACACAGAUGUGCCAAAAAGCAUCCAUUCUGUUAUUUUUUACUCAGAUUGCAGUUUUUAUUGUAUUAAGGUGCUCUUAUUUCUAUAGAAAUGUUACGUAGGCAUACAUGCACACACACACACAGAGUUUUAAGAAAUAUUGCAAUGUUGGCAUUCACUGGUCUUUAAUGUUUGAAAAGCAGGCUGGUAAAAAGUUACAUGGUUUUCCUGAUUAUUUUGUUUGGUGUUUACCUGACUCAAUGAGAUUUAUUUUUCUACUUGGGAUAUUUCUCUUUUGUGAUUUGCUAAUUUCUAUCCUUUGUUCUUUUAUCUAUUCAAUUGGUAUUUUCCAUAUAAAGUUGUUGGAAUGUCUACAAUGAAAGUACAUUUAAUCAUUUGUAUUUCGUGUGUUAAUGAAUUUUA